UUCGUCGCGACAACAGCUUUCGUUGAAUUUUCGUUAAGUAUAAAUUUGAUUUAAAAAGGCGAAAUUCGUCAUAACGGUGAGUCACGAGAUAUACGAGACUCCAAAACUCACUCUCAAUAUGAUGUACUGCCGAAAAUUCGUCGCACGUCUGGGGCAGCGUGUUCUUGUGUACAAAGAACAUUUUGCCUUUCGAAAGUUUCAUAGAGUGAAAUAGUGUGUUAACAUAUUAAUGUUGCUGCUGCUGUUAUUUUAUUUAGUUUAUUUUUAACGGACAUUUUAGUUGUUUACUGUUUUUUUCGAUAAAAUUUUAUCGUUACCUUGAUUUGGCACACCUACAGAUUUACAAGUGGAGUCAUAGUAAUAUAUUACGUUGUAUUUUCCUGUAGAGAAAUAAAAAAAAAAUCCGUAAAGAUGAGAUUUUUAGAUUUGCAGAAAUUUAAAGAGCUGCAGAGCAAAGUAGAUUCCAUAAGGAAUAUUUGUAUACUUGCCCAUGUUGACCAUGGGAAAACGACCCUGGCUGAUUCGCUGGUUGCCAGUAAUGGAAUUAUUUCGAAUAAAUUAGCAGGGAAAUUGCGUUACCUAGACAGCCGUCCCGAUGAACAACUGCGUGGCAUAACUAUGAAGUCGAGUCUCAUUACGCUACACCAUGCGUACAACGACUCAGAAUUUAUUGUUAAUCUCAUAGAUUCUCCUGGUCACGUAGAUUUUGCAUCUGAAGUGUCAACUGCCGUGAGAUUGUGCGAUGGUGCCAUUAUUGUAGUUGAUGUAGUGGAAGGUGUCUGCCCUCAAACAAGAACCGCCCUUUGCAUGUUGUACGCCGAAGGCCUUAAGCCUGUACUAGUCCUCAAUAAAAUCGAUAGAUUGAUUUCGGAAAUAAAACUGUCGCCUUUUGAUGCCUAUGUUCAUUUAAAUCAAGUGUUGGAGCAGGUAAAUGCUGUCAUGGGAGAAGUAUUUGCAACCAACGUUAUGGAGAAAGAUGAGGGAGAGGAAAAUGUCAAAUCUAAUAGUAUAGAUGACCUAGCCAAAAGGGAUUUGGCAGAUUGGCAAUCGGCCCUUGAAGAAAUUGAUGAUUCGCACUUGUAUUUUUCUCCAGAGCAAGGCAACGUUUUGUUUGCAAGUGCCAUAGACGGAUGGGGCUUUGCAGUUAAAGAUUUUGCUAAAAUAUUUUCUGAAAAAUUGGGAUUCAGUGAAAAAGUCUUGUUAAAAACCCUUUGGGGAGAUUAUUAUUUGAAUACGAAAAAUAAAAGGAUCAUGAAAGGUGCUCAGAAAAAAGCAAAGAAACCCUUGUUUGUGCAGUUGAUUUUGGAAAACCUUUGGUCUCUUUAUGACACAGUGAUGGUAAGAAAGGACAAAGAUAUGGUGGCAUCAAUGGUAGAAAAAUUAAACAUCAAACUGACCAUCAGAGACUUGAGACACACCGACCCCAAAGCUCAAAUGCGGGCAAUAUGCACUCAAUGGUUGCCUUUGGCCAAGACAUGCCUGGACAUGAUAUGCGAAAAAGUUCCACCACCUCACAAGUUACCCAGUGAAAAAGUUGAAAGAUUGAUCAGUGGGAUCGAUGAGUUUUCAUCCAUGCCCGAAGAAACUCAACAAUUAAAGGACGCCUUUCUGUCUUGUAAAUCUAACGAAAAUGCACCAAUUAUCAUUUUUAUUUCGAAAAUGUUUCCAGUUGAUAAAAAGUCGUUGCCAGAAAAUAAACCAAAACCUUUGACUGCGGAGGAGUUGUUACAGAGAAGGGAAAUCGCCAGACAGAGACACGCCGAAAAAUUGGAAAAAGAUAAAUUUGAUAAGGCAGACGUAAUUUCUCUGACAGAAGCAGAUUUAAGCAACAAAGCAGAAAAGGAAAAACAAACGGAAAAUGAAGAAGAGUCUUGCGAAGAUUGCUUGGUUGCUUUUGCCAGAGUGUACUCUGGAACUGUGUCUAUUGGCAGCGAGGUGUAUGUUUUAGGGCCCAAGCACAAUCCCAGAACUGCCCUCGAAAGGCAAAGAAAUGGAGAGUUGAUAGACAAUACACUUCAGCUGAAAGAUCUAAAAGCUGGAAGAUAUAUUACAAAAGUGACGAUUUCAAAAUUAUAUUUACUCAUGGGUAGAGAACUAGAACCAAUCGACAAAGUGCCUGCAGGAAACGUCAUUGGAAUCGGUAAUCUAGAGGAUCACGUACUGAAAACAGCAACACUUUCCUCAACGAUUGCUUGUCCGUCGUUUUCCGAACUGACUUCACUGGCUGUCCCAAUACUACGAGUCGCACUGGAACCAAAGCACCCCAAUGAUUUGCAAAAAUUAAUAAAUGGUCUGAAGCUUUUAAACCAAGCAGAUGCUUGCGCUCUCGUUCACAUUCAAGAAACUGGUGAAGUUGUUUUAAACACCGCGGGUGAAGUUCACCUGGAGAGAUGCAUAGAGGAUUUGAAACUUCGUUAUGCCAAGGUAGACAUCAACGUGUCUGAGCCAAUUGUGUCGUUCAGAGAAACUAUUGUGCCGCCUCCCAAAGUCGAUAUGGUCAACGAAGUUAUAGAAAAAAAAUCGGAUGAUACUAAGCUCGAAACUCGUGAACUAACGUGGGGCAAUGGGCGCUGUUAUUUUGAAAUUGAUGCCAAGCCACUGCCGGACGUGGUAACAAAAACGUUGGAAAAGAAUACCGAACUCAUCAAAGAAUUGGAUAAGCGUUUGAAUAAUUUGGGCAAAGAGAAAGAAUCGAUGGAAUCACUCGAUAUUGCCAAGUUGAGUUUGGACUCCCCGGCUCUUCUCGGUAAAAUGCACAAAAAUGUCGAAACAUUCAAAACUAAAUUAUUGACCGCUUUCAAAGAGUCCGGCUGGAAUGAUGAUAUUUUGAAUAAAAUUUGGUGCUUUGGACCGAGGAAAUGCGGCCCGAAUAUUUUUGUUAACGAAAGCACUUUUGUAAGAAAGCCUUUUUGGGAACAACAAUUAAAAUCCAUGGACCCCCGUGAUUCGUUCUACAACAGCCUGAUAAAUGGUUUUCAAUUGGCAACUCUGUCGGGACCGCUCUGUGACGAACCUAUGACUGGGGUGUGCUUUGUUCUGAAAAAAUGGGAAAUCGUCGAAGACACGCAAAGUGAAAGUGGAACCAUGUCUCAAAAUCAGCGCGGUGGACAGUUGAUGUCAGCCUUUAAUCAAGCUUGCAAAAACGUCUUCAACUCCAGGAGACCUCGUAUCGUCACACCCAUGUAUCAUUGCAGCGUUUUAGUUAAUUCAGACGUCCUCGGUAAAAUGUACGCGGUAUUCGGGAGGAGGCAGGGCCGAGUGAUAUCAGCCGAGAGCGCGGGCUUCGGCGGGCAGUUCCGCGUGUUGGCGACCCUGCCCGUGCCCGAGAGCUUCCACCUCGCCAGCGAGUUGCGCACCCAAACCUCCGGCCUGGCCAGUCCCCAGCUCGUGUUCAGCCACUGGGAGGUGAUCGAGCAGGACCCCUUCUGGGUGCCGUCGACGGAAGAGGAGUACCUGCACUUCGGCGAGAAGGCGGACAGCGGAAAUCGCGCCAAGAGGUACAUCGACGCCGUGCGCCGGAGAAAAGGCCUCCCGGUCGACUCGCAGCUCGUCACUCACGCCGAGAAACAACGGACCCUGUCCAAGAAAAAAUAGCCCUCGUCUCAAAUUUAUACCUCAUUUUGUACGCAGUCAAGCGGAUGCUUCAUUUUACCUACUUACGUCCACUUUUUUUUUUGUCUGCGUUGAAUCAAACUCUUUUUGUAAGUAGUUCGAUCGAUGAUGGGAACAAUAAAUUAAAAAAACCAUUUUUUAUCAUCAA